AUAUGCUGUUAUAAAUUCCUUUGGCAUUGAUUUUGAUCAAAACUUCAACCAGACGACCGCUAAGCCCCUGGAGCUAUUCGACUCCCGAAAAUACACUUCUGAGGAACCACCGAGACGGAGUAUCAAGAGAUCGCAUUCAGAACCAUCGAUUAGUUACCAAGCGGAGGAAUAUGGUUCUGUGGCAUCUCCGGCCACUACAAUUCAUUCAAGUUGGUAUUCUCUGUUUGAAGACGCGAAUAGUGAUAUGAGUCAGCAGGAGCUGAAUGAGGUUCCAGGAACGCCAGAACAGCAAGAACUGAGAGAUCAUGUGUCAUUAACAUCACCGCCUUUGCAGCAACAGUCAUCAGUUACUGACUCUGGAUUUACAACCUCCAUAGAAACACCUCAUCUUCCACCUAUCAUGUCACCAACUCCAAUUCCCUCAGAAAGUGAACAAAUGCCUUCAAUGCGCACAGUCCUUAUGCAGUUACUGGAGGAAGCUGAUGGUGUAGGAAACACAGAUUUCGAUGAAAAGGCGGAAUCGGAAGAUUUGACGACGCUGAUGGGUGAUGUGGAGGAGAACGGGGACCACUCUUUCUGUCCUAGUCGAUUUUUUAUUGCGGAACAGAUGCGAAUGGCUUUGACAGAUAUGCUAGAACUAGAAACUUUAGUUAAAUGUUACAAUGUCAUA